CCACAUUCCCAAUGCAAAUCUUGUACACAAAAACAUUCCCACAAAAGCUUUUCAAAACAUACCAACAUUUUCUUAACUCUCUCUUUCUCUCAUUGCCAUGAUCCAAUUUUUUCUUCUAUUUUCCCUCACAUUCUCAGGAAUUGAAUCUUUAGGUAUUAAUUAUGGGCAAGUUGGUGAUAAUUUGCCACCACCUGAUAAAGUUCUUGAGUUAUUAACAUCUCUUAAGAUCUCAAAAGUAAGAAUUUACGACACAAAUCCUCAAAUAUUAGCCACAUUUGCCAACUCCAAGACAGAGCUAAUUGUAACCAUAGAAAAUGAGAUGUUAAGCCAACUCAUGGAUCCUCAACAAGCACUCCAAUGGGUAGCAACCCACAUCAAACCCUACUUUCCUGCCGCUCGCAUCACCGGAAUUGCCGUCGGGAACGAGAUAUUCACCGGAAACGACACGGUCCUAAUGUCGAACCUCGUCCCGGCAAUGAUCAACAUUCAUAGUGCUUUGGCUCAGUUAGGGUUGGGCUCAUACAUUCAUGUCUCAACUCCAACAUCAUUGGCUGUUCUUGAGAAUUCUUUCCCUCCUUCAGCUGGUAGCUUCAAAUCCCAAUUCUCAACUUACAUUACACAAUUUUUACAAUUCUUAUCAAGCACAAAAGCACCUUUUUGGAUCAAUGCAUACCCAUAUUUUGCAUACAAAGAUAACCCUAAUAAAAUAUCUUUGGAUUAUGCUCUAUUAAAUCCAAUGUCUUACAUGGUUGAUCCUUCCACUAAGCUAAAAUAUGACAAUAUGUUAUAUGCUCAAGUAGAUGCAGUGAUUUUUGCUAUGGCAAGAUUAGGGUUUGAUGGGAUUGAAGUUAGGGUUUCAGAGACAGGAUGGCCAUCAAAAGGAGAUUUUGAUGAAAUUGGAGCAACAGCUGAAAAUGCAGCCAUUUAUAAUAGGAAUUUGUUGAGAAGACAAUUGGCUAAUGAAGGAACUCCUUUAAGGCCAAAUAUGAGACUUGAAGUUUACCUUUUUGCCCUUUUUAAUGAAGAUAUGAAGCCUGGACCAACCUCUGAAAGAAACUAUGGUCUUUAUCAACCUGAUGGAACUAUGGCUUAUAAUGUGGGCCUUGCUGCCUUGUUGAGUUCUUCUUCAACCUCUUCUGCUUCUAUCUCCCUAUCUUCUUCCGCCACCAAGACAAUAUCAAUGGAAUAUAAAAGCUUAGUGUAUUCGAUGUUCGUGUAUUUGCUGAUCAGCUUGGAGAUUAUUCUGACGAGAAGUCCAUUUUAGAAGAGUUGAUUUAAAUUAAAUGGGUGUGGUGAAGGGUUUUCUCAAAAGACUUAAUUAAUUUGGACGUUAAAAUCAAAUUAAACCCUUUGAUUAUUGAAGCAAAUCAAAACCCAUCAACCAUUUGAUUAACUUUAGUGUAUUAGUGUUGAUAAUAAUUUGAUGUAAAAUAAAAAAAAAAAUAUUUGGCCUUCAUUUGAUUCUUCAUUAGACAUAAAUUAAAUUGUUCCAUCAUUGUAUAGCUCUCUCUACUCUCUAUCUCAUGUACUUAAAACCAAAAAAGGCCUUGUAAUUGAUCCAUGCAAUUUAUUUUAUGUUAUAU